UCAUUUAUGAAAUAAUUAAUGUUUACAAAGAACGUAGACAUUAAUUACACGAUAAUAGAGAAUCAUAGUGUAGAAAGAUUAAUUCAAUAAUAUUUUACAAAAAAGGCGGGAAAAUUUUAUGUAAAAAAAAAAAUCGUUUCUCAUACCGGCAAUACUCCUUCGUUUUAUCUCAUCUCUCAUAUUUAUUAUCAUUUUAUUGUAUUUAAUAAUUUUCGUUUGAUUAUUCGUAAAAAAGUGUUUAAAUAAAAGAAGACAGAAACUAUGGAAAUAUAUACAUUUGAUAAAAGUCUCCAAGAAAGGCUAGUAGAAUUCAGUGAAAUAUUAUCUAGCCAAAAUAAAAUAGUAUCUGCAUCACAGAUUAAAUCGGAAUGGUUAAAUUAUGUGGAACUUGUAAUAGAACCAGUCGGAUGGCAAGCUUUGUGGAAAAUUCCCCGUAUGACUUGUCAAGAAUUAAAAAUUCAUUAUCCUACUAUCGUCGUCGUUGAAGCAGAGCAAGUCGAUUUCAAUGAUCUGUUCGCAUUAGUCAAAAUCACAGCUGUACAAGAUGACAUUCAUUUGCCUGAAAAAUACGAUGUACCUUUGAUAGAAUUAUAUCCAACGCAAAAACAAGAGAACAGGACUUUAGACAUGGUUGGUACUGCCAGUUGUAUAGAUCAAGUGAGAUUUUUUUAUAAUUAUUUAUGGAUGCCAUGGGACCUUGAUGAUGAUGAAAAUUCAGAUUGGGUGACUUUGCAUCUUGAAUCUAGAAUUAGACUGUUCUUUGAUAUGAAACGAGGAUGUGUCAAUAAAGAGACUUGUGACGUGAUUAGGACAUUGAUAAGAGAAGGUAGAGAAAUUCAGCAAAAAAUUUCAAGAUUAGAAGAAUCAAUGUCCGACGAGGAAGAAGUUGAGAAUUGUUUAGUGGACGAUGGAAAAGCUUGUCAGUUGAUGAAGCUUCAUUUUCGAUUGCAACAAAUUAAAACAGAAAUGGAGGUCCUUGAAAAUCCUGCGAUUAGAGAUAUUCUCUCGAGAAAUCAUAAUUCUGUUAUGGUAGAAGAACAAACAAGAAAGCAUGAGAAUAGCGAUAAGCAAAAAGAAGCUCAUUUUGUAUGGCUUGGCGGUACUUUGACGGAAAUAAAGAAUGCUGUAAAUAAAAUUGAAACCAUCAUAUCGCCAAGUCUGUUUCUACAGAUCUACAGAUGUUUGCAGGAAGCUUUGCUUGCUGCUGACGUUGGUGAAAUUGUUUUUCUUGGAGAGGGAGUACAUCAAAUCAGAGGUUCUGGUGGUCUGGAGGAAGGUGGCACUAUCAAGGGAAUUGGCAGAGCAGAGCAUAUAAUGCUUUCUGCAAAUGAUAUAGAAAGCUCACCGUCUUUGUUAGAUUUUUCUGGACAAGAAGUUGUAUUAGAAGACAUAUCUAUAAACCUUGGUGAACUUCAGGCUGGUAUCAUUGUUAGAAAAGGAUCUGUCAAAAUGAUUGGUUGUAGGAUAUUUGCCUUGAAUCAAAGCAUAGUUAAAUUAGGCAUAAUAAUCUUACCAGGGGCAAAAUUAAUAAUGGAAAAGAUAAGUUUUGAUGGAUUAGGAACCGCUGUUGUUAUUUAUGGAACAGGUGAAGUCAUCAUGAACGAAUGCAGCUUCAAAAAUUGUAUAGAGGGUGUCCAGUUACACGAUGAUGCUACUUUAAUAGCAAAGAAGUGUACUCUUGAAUAUUUCAAAGAAUAUGCUAUUCGUAUGGAAACACAGAAAUAUUUAAAUGGCAAUGAGAGCAAAAUUGGUAGUAUUGAAUUAUUAGAAAACGUAAACGAAAUUUCAUUGCAGGAAUGCACUUUCCAAGGUAACGUUAAAGCAGAUAUAAUUUUCAAAUCAAGAGCUUCAAUAUCUUUUACUUCAAAACAAGACUGCAAUGCUACGUUAACGUCUUAAAUUCGUCGAAAGUUCUUAUUCGAUUUUAUAAUACUAUUUGAAACGUAAUUACAUGCUUGUCAAGUAGUUUCAUGUCAUAUCAUAUCGCAUACAUUUAUAUAAUAUAUCGUAUUUUUGUAAUUGAAUAUUUUAUUAUAUUAUAAUGGGCAUAUGUGAAUUGAUCGGAUAUAUUUUCGUAUCGUACGUACAAAUGUACAUAUUAUUAUAAGUUUAUUUUGUAAAAAGAGAUAAUAAAUAACAAGAAAGUUAUUAAAAA